AUGCUCAAGCCCGAGGAGGUCGCCUCCGGCGCCUUCGCCGGGCUCGUCGGGACCGUGCUCGGGUACCCCCUCGACGUCGUGAAGAGCCGCAUGCAGACGAACGCGGGAGCGCGCGCGGGGUUCGGUCGCACGCUCGCGCACCUGGUGCGAACGGACGGCCCGGUCGGGAUGUACCGCGGCGUCGGACCGCCCAUCGCCAUGAUGGUGCUGAUGAACGGCGUCAACUUCCCCGCGUUUUAUCACUUCAAACGCGUCGUCGGCGGGCCCCAGGGAUUGCACGACUCUAGUAGAGAAGUCGGCUGGGGCACGACGCACGGCUCCGUCGAUCCAACCGUGAUCCUCGCGGGCGCGCUCGUGGGGCCGAUCUGCGCGAUCGUCGGCACGCCGUUCGAGCUCGUGAAGCUUCAGAUGCAGCUCGACGGCGGCGGCGACGGGAUGCGCGCGAAGAGAGCGUAUAAAAACUCCGCCGAGUGCGCGAGGACGCUGUGGCGAAAGUACGGCCCGCGGGUCUUCUACCUCGGGUACGGCGUGAACACCGUGCGCGAGUGUGUCUUCAACGGCGUCUUCUUCAGCACGUUCGAGCACAUCAACCACGGGAUUCGCAGGGACGUGUUGGGCGCGGGAAGCGACUCCGUCGCCGUCGCGCUCGCCGGCGGCGUCGCCGGCACCGUCGGCUGGUUCGCGAACUUACCGCUGGACUGCGUCAAGUCCGGGAUACAAGGGCAGCGGCUGGGUUCACCCGCGCCGGGGGAGUGGCGCGUGCGGAACUACGCCAAGGUGGGGUUUCUGGAGGCGGCCGCGGAGGUGCGCGCGCGGCCCGGCGGGUGGAUCAACUUUUUCAGCGGCGCCGCGCCGAGCGCGGCGCGGUCGGUGCUCGUGUCCGGGUCUCGGUUCGCGGCGUACGCGUUCAUGCUCGAGCGGUUGGGGGGCGGGGGGGUGGGGGGGAUACCGUUGGGGGAGUGA